UUUGAGACAGCCACAUGCAUCACUCAUAGAGAUGCAAUAGACUGGAAAUUAAACAGCAAAUCACACGUCUCUUCAUACACCGAAAAUCGUAGAUGAUCACCAUCUAAUCCUGUAAAUCUUGCCGAAAAAAGGGGAAAAGACGAUCAACGAUGUUCUCAAUGACUAGAGCACUCCUCAUUCUGUCAUCGUUAAUGUUCACUGUAUACGCUGCCACGGCUGAGACUCUUUGUGGUGCAGAACUGGUGGAUGCUCUGCAGUUCGUGUGUGGAGAGAAAGGUUUUUAUAUCAGCAGGCCAAACAGAACACACGGCCGCCGUUCUCGCACUGGAAUUGUUGAACAAUGCUGCUUUCAGAGCUGUAGCCUGAGUCUGCUGCAGCAGUACUGUGCCAGACCUGUGAAGUACGAGCGAGAUCUUUCCUCCACCUUACUGCAGGUCUUCCCAGUGUCACAGUCUCUUCACAAGGAUGCCUCAAGAACGCCUCUGAGUGUGAAAUAUUCCAAAUAUGAAGUGUGGCAAAGAAAACCUGCCCAAAGGUUUAGGAGGGUGGUCAAAGAUAAGGAGCAAACUAAUUUCCACCAGCCCCUCAUUACCCUCCCAGACAGACAUCCUGACAUCCUUCCAAACAUCUAGAUCAACACUUCUAACAAGUGAUGCCCAGCCUUCCAAUGUGGCAACAAACAAUGGAUUAUAGCCAGUUCGUGGUCAGCAGAGGCACUUUUUUUGUGAAUCAUGCCACUCAUCAUCAAAACCAGAAAGAGAUGAAUUCAGUCUUGGUGAAUAUCACCAGGAUGCCCAGAACUGAUAUUUUGGAAGUCGCUAGAAUGCCAUUGUCAAAAGCCUGCAAUCUGCAAAAGCAAUUAUGGUUUUGUCUUGCUUGCACCCUAUUUUGAAUGUCAUAUUUUAAGGAAUGAAUUUAUCGAGAUUAGAGUCCUUUACCCGCACCUUUAAAGUGCCACCUCCAUGGCACAAAAACAGAAGAAAAGUAAGAAGAAAAGAAUGUUGGCUGGCUAUGCAAAGCCAAGGACUGAUGAUAACAGCACCAUGUUUUUGAAGAACUGCUCAAAAUGAUAACAUUAUGGUGCUACCUUUGCAAAUGGACUCAAAAGGAGUUUGUUGAAGAGUUUUUCCAUUUUAGGAAAAAAACAAAGACUGUAUUCAAAAGACAAUUCAAAAA